CCUCGGCUGCGAGCGAGCGAGCGGGCGGUCACGGCGGACACGCAGCCGGCGGGGGCGGGGAGCGCGGCCCCAGCGGCCGGCAUGAACCCCGGGCGGCCGGCGCUGCCCGCAGCGGGGACGGACGCGGCGGUGCCGAGGGAGCCGCAGGGGGAGUAGAGCUGCUGCGGCCGGGCCAGCCACCUCCGGGUCCAUGAGCCGCCGCCAGCCGCCGCCGCCAGCCGGGACUGCCGCCACCGCAGGGCCCAGCUCCCCCAGCCCCGCCGCCGCUUCCGCCGCCGCUCCGCCGCCCUGCCGGAGGACGGUCCCGCGCCCUCCGCUGUGAAGAGAAUGGCCGUGACUCUAGAGCAGGCCCAGCGGGUGGGCUAUACCUGUCUCAAAGCACUCCUCAGGUUCGCUUUUAUGGUCGCCAAUAACCUGGUUGCUAUUCCGUCCUACGUCUUGUAUUUAAUUAUGCUGCAGCCUCUCCGAGUGUUGGAUAGUAAAAGCUUCUGGUAUAUCGAAGGAGUAUUAUUUAAGUGGCUUUUAGCUAUGGUGGCUUCCUGGGGCUGGUGGGCAGGAUAUACAGUAGUGGAAUGGGGUGAUGAUGUUAAAGCAGUGUCAGAAGAUGAAGCCAUGGUGCUGGUGAACCAUCAAGCAACGGGUGACGUCUGCACUCUGAUGAUGUGCCUUCAGGAUAAAGGCACGGUUGUCCGUCAGAUGAUGUGGCUGAUGGAUCAUAUUUUUAAGUAUACAAAUUUUGGCAUUGUGUCUCUAAUCCAUGGAGAUUUCUUUAUAAGACAGGGAAGAGCACACCGUGACCAGCAGCUUGUGUUACUCAAGGAGCAUCUAGAAAAAUAUUACAGGAGUCGUAAUCGGAAAUGGAUUGUUUUAUUUCCAGAGGGUGGCUUUCUUAGGAAAAGGAGAGAAACAAGCCAGGCAUUUGCCAAGAAAAACAAUUUGCCAUUUCUUAAACAUGUCACCCUGCCGAGACUUGGAGCAACACAAGUAAUUCUGAAAACACUUGUAGCGCCGCAAGAAAAUGGAACUCCAGCAGGUAGAGAUGCUGUGAUAAAAGAGAGCAAAUCAAAAGGCCUCCAGUGGGUGAUAGAUACAACCAUUGCAUAUCCCAAAGGUGAACCUAUCGACAUCCAAACUUGGAUUCUUGGCUACCGACAACCCACGGUUACACAUGUACAUUACAGGAUUUUUCCAGUUAAAGAUGUACCUGCAGAGCCUGAAGCUCUUACACACUGGCUAUACCAACGAUUUAUUGAAAAGGAGGAUCUCCUGACACAUUUCUAUGAAACAGGAGCUUUUCCUCCACCACAGGGUCAAACAAAAGCUAUUUCUCGGGAGAUGACCCUCAGUAACCUGUGGCUAGUUGGCAUACAAUCACUUGCAUUUUUGUCAGGCGGUAUGUGGUACUGCAUCCUUCAGUAUUUUUAUCAUUGCCUAUUUUAAAAGUGGAAUGGGACCUGAGGACACAAUGGGAAUCCAGGCUCUUGCAAAUGAGUAUCAUGUUGUAUGUGCAAAUGUGAAUAUUCAAGAGUAAAGGAAAAUACUGGACGGACUCAUACCUCUCUUUGGGGAAAUUUUAACUCCACUGAAAGUGAAGAUCAGUAACAUAGUGACCUGAUGAUGUAUUUUAAGAAUUGUCUGUAUUUUUAAAAAUGUAUACUCUCACCCACCCUUAAGCAAAUUCAGCAUUUGGACAAAAGGUGCAAUUGUACAACCACCGUAGAAGAAUGUCUGUGACAAGAAAGCUCUGUUGCCACAAGUAUUUCUUGGCAUUGUAGUUAGAGCUCAGAAAAUUCAGCAACUUGUCUCUUCAGUAGUCUGUACAGCAUUGGUGUGGUAGAGAUUCCUCAUCUGCACAACUUGUACUUUAUUGCAAUUCAUUGUUCUGGAGUCAAAGAUACUCGACAGAGCUGGUGGCAGUAUCUUUGCAGCUACGCAGUCAGCAGUUGUUGUAUUAGACACAUUGAUCUAAAACCAAGACCCAAAUAAGAUCCAGUGUCAGGUGUGUCUUGUGAGGAAUCAGUCCUCAAAAAAGCAUUGCAGCAUCAUAGUGUGAUUAAAAGCUAUCCACAUUUGAUGAAUCAGCCCAUCCCUGCUGUGGUCUUACCAUCAGCUCUCCGAAUUCUGUGUGCUGCCAGUAUCUCGUAUUAUGAGGAAACUUGGAAAAUAUAAAGUCACGUGGUUAAUUUUCCCUUUUUGUUCAGAAUGCAUCUCAAUGAUCACUAUCAGUUUUCAAAAUGCACUUUUAAAGGUGAAAAUACAGUGAAGGAAAGACAUAAAACUUAGGGAAUAGGGGAAAGCUUUAUCUGUCACGCAUUGGAAGCCAGAGCAAUUCUAGCUGUUUCUGAAGGUCUGCUGGUGCUGCUGGUGAUUUUUAGUCACCUUUGUAUUUUGUAUACUGCAGUCCAACCAAGGUGACCUUUGAGUGGUUUAUAGAGGCCUUUUUCUCCCCACUAGUUGCAACUGCGCUAAAUAUACUUGUGGGAGAGUUUAAAUAAUUCAAUGCCAACCAUCUUAAUGUUUUGCUAAGGAAUAAUAGAAGAAAAACUAGUUUCUUAAAAAGAAAAAAUAGGUAUAAUUGCUAUCAUAAAUCUGUAGGAACAUACUACUGCAAAAAAUAAAGUAUGGUAAAUACUCCGAAUAACUACAUGGAGGGCAGUAUUAAUUAGCUCACCACUGUGCUGAAAUCUUACUCAAAGAGGGGUGAGUUGAAUUUAAAGGCAAACUGCAACAGAAGACACUUUCAGAUGUGUAACUUAAGAUACUUUUGAAAGGCUGUCGAUGAUGCAUGGUCUUAGUUCUGGCAGGUCUAGUUGGCAUUGUGUUUAUGUGAUUAUACACAGAUUUGAGAGAGCUGUUCCUAAAAUAAAACUAAUCUCUCUAAAUACAAGCAGGAUAGCCAGAACUUCAGAUGUUGGCAUACUGCCUUUUAGAGAGUAAUUUUACUGAGAACCAAGUAAGCCCUCAGUAGUUUCGGCUCUCAGUUAGCAAUAUUGAUCCCCCUUCUCUCUCCCUCUCCUGCUACAUGAAUCACAGUGAGUGGUGUGCAGAAUACAAAACCUAGCUAGUGUUCCCUUUGGGGGAGGAGCUAAGAGCAUACCAAAAUAUGUGGCAAUGCCAAUUUCCCUGACGUAAUGGAAAAAUACCUAGUCAAAUAUGCCACCUCUAUCCCCCCAAAAGCAGUAGUUUUUAUCCUAAGAUAGCUCAGUGGGGGAUGGUUGCAAAAUGCUACACCAUAGUAAGCUCUCCUAACUGUGAGGCCCCUCAUUGACUUAAAAGAACCACUAGAGCUGGGAGGCAAAGGACAGUGUUUGCCUCCAGCUUCAUGGUUUAGGUAAGAUACUGUUUCUAAAUCCCAUCUCUUUACAGCCAGUCACACACCUGAAUUCUGGUGUAACGUAAAAUCCAUUUAAAAAGAGGUAUGCCCUGAAAGGGAGGCAGUCUUGGGAGUAUUUUUUUUCCUGUUGCUCUUGCUGAAGUACAGCUGAUGGAAUGAAUGUAUUUAAUCUACCAUUUUACAGGAAGGUGUUGGGGCAGCCCGGCACCAUUGCCAUGUAAGUGGUUAUGUCUGCUGCACAUGAGUGUAAACGGACUCUCAAAACUGCAAAAUGCAGAUGGCAAGCUACUUAUUUCUGUCCUCCACCAGGUAGUUUGAUCAGAAUUGCAGAGAUGCCCAUAGUACAGCUGGUUUUAUUUUGAGCUAGGACAGACUGGAGUCAUAUAAAAAGGGAAGUUUAUAUAAGCAGAUUGCACAGCAGUAACUCACAUCAGGAGAUUGUUCUUUAUAGACCCCGUGAACUCCGUGUAAGAGCAUAUUGUUUUUUCAAAUGCAGUAUAUUUUUUUUCCAGUGGAUUGCGGUCAAUAACGAGUGUUCACAUGCUGCCUAAAGAAAUUAGUAAUGCGCAAUAAUGUUUCAGAUAAUCAUUUGAUUUAUCUGGUCCUGUUCAUUUUCAGUUUGUUCCUCUGUAGUUCUUACUAUCGUGAGACGUUUGUUUUCAAGCACUGAUUGUUGUUUUGGUAGGGUGAGUAAAUAGUAUUAGGUCUUGGGCUUCUUUCCUACCUGCACUGGAAGAUGUGAAAAGAGCCUGACUUUGUGUCUUCUUAUGGCCGCAUUGCUGUAGGUGACAGUGGAAUGAAACCAUUGUGAAGGAACUCUGAAGUACCCUCCCAGCAUGAACUUGGAUGCUGCUUCAUGAAAGAGAAUAAAUUGGAUAAAAGAAGUUUUUCCAUUAAGGGAAAAAUAUAAAAUGGAUACGACAUAUAGGAAAUUCUGUGCUAAAAAUACGGUGCUGGUCAAGACUGGAGCUUAGCAGGCUAGUUUGUAAAAUGUAAGCUCCUGUCAGUUGCAGUUCGGUUCUACCUUCUGGCAGUUGGCUAGUGUUACAGAUGUAGCGGGCAUUUUGCUGCGCCAUCCAUGGGCUUCCUCUUCUGAAGAGUUCAAAAUGCAUUUGAUAGAAAAUGAUGUUAAUGAACCAUGCAGUUGAUCACAAAAUGGUUAAUUAAUAUAAUUUUGAAUUUAUAUUAGGGAAAAUAGAAUGGAAGAAUGUAUAAAGUGAUAAAGAAUGAAAAAUUCACAGAAAAAACGCUAACUGAAAGCUGUUGCACACAGAAAUGAGAACAUAGCAAUUGAAGUGUAUUGCGAAUAAAGAUGGUUCUCCGCCAGGGUUGCACAGAAAACACCUGUACGUUUCUAUAUUUAAUUGUUCAUAAACAAGUUGUUACAAUUGAAAUGGUGUAAGUCCUAAUGUUUUGGCAUUACUGCUCUUCGAAUCCCAUUACGUGAAGAGUAUCUGCCCAUUCACAAUGAGCGGUGUUUUCUUCAGCGCCCUUUGGUGAGUGUGCCUUCCUUCCAGGUUCUCUUGUAGUCUACGUACGGUUCUAUCAAGUAUUGCAACAACACUGUCUCUUGCAGGAGGGAUUUUUUUUAAGUUGCUCUCACCAUAUUUUGAAAAGCAAGAUUUCAAUUUACCUUGCUCACUGGAAAAUUAAAAGCUUCCUUCUCCCUCCUCCGCCCCCAGCAUCAAAAAUCAGAUGCAUCUAAUUGCAGUAAAAAUACAAUGAUCACUGUGGUACUGUUCAUUAUUCACUUGUUUUGCAAAUGAUGUAACUUUUUUUUGUCUGACACUGCCAUAAAGUGCUGUUAACUUUUUUCACCUGUUUGUACAAGAUAAUACAGAUACCGAUCACUGUGUGUGACAGAAUUCAACUGCUCCACUUUGCCUUGAUGUAAAAUUUUUGGGACCAAAGGUACUUAAAACUGGGUUUUCCAAAUCAUGAGACUGGGGUUGGGUGCACUCUCUUGAUAGUCAGCUGGAGAUUUUGUGGUGAUCUGAUACAAUCACACAAAAUAAUUAUACAUCUGGGGUACUGUAUUGUUUGGAAAUAAUGGAGCCAUAUGAAAUAAAGGGUUAUUUUGCAAAAUUGCAUAUUUGAUAGUUUUUACACUUUUUUAAAAAACAGAACAAUUGGAAGAGCAAAAUUGAAACCGUACUCUGGUUUAAAAUGUCUGCAUACAUUAUGAACACUUCUGAGCAGCUUUAUUUUUUCUCUAAAAACUAUAGACUACCUGGCUGUGAUACAAAAGACAUCUUUUAAAGGAUUCUAUGCAUUUUAAAGUUAAACCUUUUAUUUUAUCAUUGGAUAAUGGAGUAAUUAUUCACUGAACAACUGUCCUACUAAAGUGAGUUAGUUCCUUAAAAUUACUCUACGAUGGUGUGCAUUUUGUAUGAUAAAAAUUAGUUUUCUUGAUACCAGUUAUUCUCACCUCAAAUUUUCUCCUUCCCUCCUGUGCUACCUGCAUUUUUGUUUUGUAUGAUAAAAUGGAUGCAGAAGCCUGUAGAGACUCUCGAUGAUUUUUGCAAAGGGCUGCUCGUGUUUGGAAUUAUUUUACUGAAUUUAUUUCAUUGGAUUUUUUAUCAAAUCUUUCCAGCAGCCAAGAUGUCUUUCAGAAAUGUAGACAGAUACGAGAAGAAGCAUUUCUCUACAGAGAUUAUUAGGUGUCUUUUCCCAUUAUUUUUUUUUUUGUGUGGCAAAAAUAAAGUUGAUUUUUUUCAAGAUUAUUUCAUGUGCUUCUAAUCCUUAAUAGAUGAGAUUAUUUUCUUUGGGUGUAUUUAUUGUGCUUUUAUCUAAUAGAUACACAGUCUCUAUUGUGCUUGCCAUAAACACAACAAAUAGCAAAAUAACACUUUGGUUCACUAUACAGCAGCAGUGUUAAUUUGUGAUAGAUAACAUUGGUUAUUAGAGCUCUCAUCAAGAAGGAGACAGAGACAAAUGUUUCUAUGCCAGUAGUGGUAAGGGGAGGAGUGGAGCAGUAAGGACGGGGGAAAGCAGCUUUGGCAGCCCUCCCUCACUCCAGCACUGCUGGAAACUGUGCCGGUGCACAGGCUGCAGAGUUUCUCCGGAGGUCACUGCGUAGCAAUGAGUCCUCUUAAAGCUUCUGAGAGUUGAGGGCCCGCAAAGAGCAGAACCUGGGGCCCCAUCAGCCCUGGAUUGCCACCAUCCUAGAAGGAGGUGAAUCCAACCUUUUUGCAAGCAAGGCUGUAAUCACUUUGUAGAUACCUAUAUUUUUUUAACAGAGUGGUCUGUUUUUAAACAACUUCAGCUAGGCACAGCAAUAUCGAGUGGAACAGCACUGUUCGUUCUGUGGCCCUGGCAUCUCUUGCUAACAAUAGCUCUUAGCUCUGUGUCACCUUUCGUGUUAACUGCUGGUGCAGAAUAUUGCAGCAUAUAGCAAAGAAAAAAGGAACUCCUUGGAGCAUAGUAAGACAUCUUGCACAAUUUCCAAAACAGCGCCAUGGUUGUAGUUACGUCUACCUCUUUGUUUCCCUCCUGGAUUUUGUCUUGUUUUUCUGUGUGGUGUUUUUCUGUGAGGGGUGGGGGGAAUCGGGGAGGGGGAGGGAGCGAGUGGGAGGGAAAACUUGAAAUCUGAAUAUUGAAACACUGGUGGGGGAUCCAGUGCUUACCAGCUGGUUGUCAUACUGAAAAAGCCAUUGUUUUUAAUUCCUGCCUAGUAUGAAAUGUUUGUUUUAAAAAAUCCUUCCUGCUGGAAAGAAAAAUGUAUUUUUAAAAAGAAAAAACAUCCCUCUUUUGGCUAUGAGAAUGUCAGCUAUAUGAGUUGUGACCAUAUCAUGACAUGCUGAUCAGAUAUAAAUAAAUUUUUAUCUCUCAGGA